AUGCCUGACAUUGAAAUCAUCUGGGGCGGGGCCUCGGUCAUGGACGAAGUUGCAUAUCCGACUCUCGAAUCUAUCAACGAGGUCCUCGACAUUCUGCAGGCCAAUGGCAUCAACCACAUUGAUACCGCCAAAUUCUACAACAACUCCGAGGCGUUAUUGGGAAAACUUCAUGCCGAGUCCCGCUUUACCAUUGAUUCAAAAUAUCCCGGCGGAUUUGGAGCUGAGCCUUCCACCGCAGAGUCCUUUAUUGCAACUUUGAACCAGAGUUUGGCCCUUCUCCAAACCGACCAGCUCGAUAUCUACUACAUGCAUGCCCCCGAGCGUAGAAGCUCAACGGAAGAUCUGCUGGCUGGUAUUGACUCUGCGCACAAGGCAGGGAAGUUCAAGCGAUUUGGACUGUCCAACUAUCUGGCCGAAGAAGUCGAAGAGGUAGUCCGCAUCUGCCGCGAAAAGGGUUACGUUGUGCCAAGUGUCUACCAGGGCAACUAUUCUGCUGUUGCACGCCGAGGAGAAAAAGAAGUCCUUCCCACGCUGCGGAAGCACAACAUCGCCUUCUACGCUUAUUCGCCGAUCGCCGGAGGAUUUCUGACUAAGGAUGUUGCGACGCUGGUCUCCGGCGGUGAGGGUCGAUGGGAUCCCAAGACACCUCUUGGUGGAGUCUAUAAUGCGCUUUUCAAUAAGCCCCACAUGCUGAAGGGCUUAGGACAAUGGGAUAAGAUCUCCAAGGAGGCUGGUAUCUCCAAGGCUGAGCUAGCAUACCGGUGGGUGAUGCAUAACUCUGCCCUCAAAGCAGAAUUUGGAGAUGCUGUGAUUAUUGGCUCGCGGAAUGUUGAGCAACUCAAUCAGACGCUUGCUGCAUUGAGCAAGGGUCCUCUCGGCGCGGAAAUUGCAGCGCAGAUUGAUCAGGUGUGGGAUAUUGUCGAGGCUGAUUCGCCUUUGGAUACCUUUAACGGUUUUUCCAAGUACGACAAGGUCUGA